UGAACCGGAAGAGCAGGUGCACCACCAAAAAUCAUCCGAGCAUCUUUUUGACAACAAGAAGCGUUACAUCAGAACCUGAACCAGGACCCACAGAGAGGCCUGUAAAUCUGUUCCUUCUUCUGGAAGAGGAUCACCUGUAUCUCUCCUGUUGUCUGAGAGUCCGGAUCAUCAUGACUCUGAACCAGAACCACUCUGAGUCCGGAGGAGGAGUCAUCAUCAACAACAGCGAGAGCGUGUUGAUGAACUACGAUAACGUGGAGCUGGCUUUCUGUGACGCCGAGCGCCUGCCGGAAGCUUUCAGGAAGAGCAAGAAGGGAAGCAUCUACCUCACUCCGUACCGGGUGAUCUUCGUGGCUAAAGGGCGUGAUGCGCUGCAGUCCUUCAUGAUGCCCUUCUACCUCAUCAAGGGCUGCGAGGUCAAGCAGCCGGUGCUAGGAGCCAAUUACAUCAAAGGAACCGUCAACGCUGAGCCUGGAGGAGGCUGGGAGGGCAGCGCCUCGUUCAAGCUGGUGUUCGCUGCAGGGGGGGCCAUCGAGUUCGGACAGUACAUGCUGCAGGUCGCCGCUCAGGCCUCCAGAGGUCAGCCGGUCACCGCUGGGUAUGGCGGCGGCUGCCCCUACACGGCCAACGGGGCGUACUCCUACCCUCCUCCCCCCCCGGCUAAUGGAAUGUACCCUGCCGGACCUCCGCCCGGCUACACCUACCCCAACCCCCCCCCACCAGGUGGGUUUUACCCGACCCCUCCGGCGUUCGAUGCCAGUGCGGCGUACAUCCCCCCCCCUCCUUACUCUGCUCCUCUGGGCCAGCAGCCCCCCCACAACCCCGACCUGCCCUCCUCUGCAGCAGCUGAGGCCAAAGCAGCCGAGGCGGCUGCGAGCGGGGGCUGUGCUCAGCUGCCCCCAACUCACGUCUACCUGCCGCAGGACCAGCCUCCCCCCUACUCCCCUCCAGAGGACAAGAAGAACCAGUAACCUGCCCCCCCCCCCCCACCGAGCCUCAGUGUUUCUGUCCCACGUUCCCAUUAAGCAUCCAUUCAGUGAGGUCUUUGAGAGGGUCCGGCACAGUUCCCUCCCUCAUCGUGGUCCACCACAGUGUAGUAACCUGCUGUUUUAGCAUUCAUUAUAUUUGCAGGUGUCCCAAAAAACAGUCGUGCCGCUCACCUGUAAUCUCCUCGACUGACUUUGCUAAUCCGAAUGCAGUGUUUUAUUUUUCUAUAAUUUGUGUGUACAGGCUUUUAAUAAGUAGUCUAGAGAGGUUUUCUAGAGGACACUACACCCACUAGCUUUUGUAAAGAUGGCGAGCUUUGACACGUUGAACUGGAGGAGUUUAGAGGACGAUGAGGAGGCCCCGGAUCCUGCAUCAGAGCAGAGAGUGUGUUUGUAUCUUAAUUAUCUCCCCAGCCCUUCGUCCAAUCUACUUCCUGUUUGGUUUGCUGAGAACCCGGUGGAUUAUGAUGCCCUGUGGGGAGCAAUUCGGAUCAGCGAUUCUUUAGAAGACUGUGAAAAACAGCCACUAAAACAGGCCGUCUGUACAGGUGCCCUGAGCGACCAAAAAGGACGUCUUCAGUGUCUGAACUUUGACUUUCUCCCCGAGCAUUAAUGAAAUAUUUAACUGAGGCUCUACAGUUUUAAUGGCCGUGUUUGCACGCUCCAGCAGCGAUCACAUCCCCGUUCCUUCCUCAUGUCAACAAAUAUCCAGACGAUUUAAAUCAUGGAAACAUCCGGAGUGUUUUCUUUCUUUCUGUGCUCGUGAUCCUAUCUCUGAGGUCGGGGUUUCACUCCUCUUCCUCUCCGCUCACUUAUUAUCUCUGAACUAUCUGUGGCUGAUUCUCUGCACUUUCUGAAUGCUAUGCAUCGGGCUCCUGUUCGUCAUGGCCGUGUGUAUAAUAAUAAAUAUACUGAAUAAUAACAAAGCUCUGUAUUUAUUUCAAACUAAUUUAUUGAACAAUUCAUGUAAAAUGGCUCAAAAAACAAAAAGCAUGGUCUGGACUGAUGACUGUAUGCAUUGGAUUUUAUUAAAUGGAUCUUGAUUCAUGUGAAACACAA